AUGGCGUUAGCGCAUGAUCAGUUUGCCUUUGGCGUGGACCUGAUUGAGGUUGAGCACGGCCUCGCCGGCUGGUCGCCGGUCGGCGCGCGCACGGCGGUGUCCGCGCACGUCGAGCGCGAGCGCGACGACGCCGCCGUGCUCCUCCCGGCCGUGGCCACCGAGGGGCAGAGCGAGCGGCGCAGGCCCAGGCCCAGCGGCCCGUACGUCGUCGCGGCGCGCCGCGCCGGCGAGGAGGACGGGAUGCGGCACGCGCUCCCGGCCGGCGCGCUCGUGCCUCGGGUCACGUACCGUGUCGUCGGGUGGGUCGGCGUAGUGCAGGUGCAGGUGCAGGUGCGGGUCGAGGGCGGCGGCGGCGGCGCCGCCGGAGGCCAGCAGCACGCGGCGGCGGUGCGCGUCGGCCUCCGCGUGGACGACGACGACGGGUGCGGCAGAUGGAUAGACUGCGGCGCGGUGUCGGCCGCCGGCGGGUGGGCGGAGAUCAAUGGCGCGUUCCGGCUCAGGACGCGCCCGCUCGCCGCGGCUGUUCACGUCUGCGGCGCGCCUGCCGGCGUUGACGUGAAGGUUAUGGAUCUCCAGGUGUUCGCGACUGAUCGGAAGGCGCGGUUCAGGCAGCUGAAGGAGGAGACUGACAAGGUUCGCAAACGAGAAGUCGUUCUCAAGUUCGGCGGCGGCACCGGCACGACCAUGUCCGGCGCGUCCGUCCGCGUGGCGCAGCUGGAGAACCGCUUCCCGUUCGGAUCCUGCAUCAACAAGACGGCCAUCCAGAACCCUAGGUUCGUCGACUUCUUCUGCGACAACUUCGACUGGGCCGUCUUCGAGAACGAGCUCAAGUGGUACUCGACGGAGCCACAGCGCGGGCGGCUCGACUACCGCGACGCCGACGAGCUGGUGGGCUUCUGCGAGCGCCACGGCAAGCCGGCGCGCGGCCACUGCAUCUUCUGGGCCGUCGACGGCGACGUGCAGCAGUGGGUCAAGGACCUCGGCCGCGACGACCUCGCCUCGGCGGUGCACGGCCGCCUCAACGGCCUCCUGUCCCGCUACGCCGGCCGCUUCCGCCACUACGACGUCAACAACGAGAUGCUGCACGGCCGCUUCUACCGCGACCGGCUCGGCGACGGCGUCGCCGCGCUCAUGUUCCGGGAGGCCGCGCGGCUGGACCCGGCGGCGCGGCUCUUCGUCAACGACUACAACGUCCUCCGCGGCAACGACCCGAACGCGACGCCGGAGAAGUACGUCGAGCUGGUGGACGCGCUGCGGCGCGGCGGGGCGGUGGUGGGCGGGAUCGGCGUGCAGGGCCACAUGGACAACCCGGCGGUGGGGGAGGUCAUCCGCGCCGCGCUGGACAAGCUCGCCACGGCCGGCGCGCCCAUCUGGGUCACCGAGCUGGACGUGAGCGAGCCCGACGUGUCCCUCCGCGCCGACGACCUGGAGGUGGUGCUCCGGGAGGCGUACGCGCACCCGGCCGUGGAGGGCGUCAUGCUCUGGGGUUUCAUGCAGGGGCUGAUGUGGCGCCAGGACGCCUACCUCGUCGACGCCGACGGCGCCAUCAACGAGGCCGGCCGGAGGUUCCUCCAGCUCCGGAGGGAGUGGAGGUCGGACGCGCGCGGAACACUCGACGUCGACGGCCAUUUCAGGUUCAGGGGCUACCACGGCACGUACGUCGCGCAGGUGACGACGGCGACGGGGAAGAUGCUCAGGACGUUCACCGUCGACGAAAGAGAUAGCUCUCUCGAGUUGGAUUUGGAUAUGGAAAUUUGAAGCUGAAAUGUCAUCUCCGUCGUACUGAACUACGUACUGUUCAUAAAUAUGCUACUUUCAUUCUAAAAUAGUAAGGAUUUGAAUAAUAUGAAUGUACAGUCAAAAUAUCUUCACUGGAGUUAUUGAAAAAUGCUGUAAUAUUGAAAAUACUACUGUGAGAGAUAAAUGCUAUUGAUCAGACGCAUAUUCCCAGUUGAAUCAAUUUAACCAGCAUUAUGAGAGAUAAAUACUAUUGUAAUAUUGAAAAAUGCUGUAAUA